GUGAUUGAACACAGGUGGCUUUAUAAACUGUGCAUAUUCAGAACAAGCAUAAGGGAAGUACAUGUUUGAAAUAGACAGUAUGGACUAUAAAGCUUUGCUGGAGUUAAUUCUGUAGUUAGGAUCACUCUGCAGCAAACUUGUGAAGAAGAAGUAAGCUGGAUUCCAAGUCUGGAUUUUGUAGUACUUAAUAGAAGAAAUCUGGACCCUGUUACAUUAGUUACUUGUACCCUCACAUCUCAGCUUUGAGCUGUAGCAGGCUUUCGUGUUUGUCGCAUUGGGUAAAAUUAGAAACUUUUCCAUUAUGAUCUGAAUCAUUCUUGAAUUUCUCCCACCUCACAACUAAUUUAUGGAGAUGUUCUCAUACUUGUUGCUUCAGUUGCUUUCAUGCUGCAAUUCUAUAAUGCAGUGUAAUAGUCAAAGUCCACCUCUUGUGUGUAAACAUCGUUAGUUCCUAGGAAUAAUUCAGUACUAGGGAUGAUGGGAUUUAAUGGCUUGUCUGCUAUAGGGAGCUGACUAGAUAAGCUGUUCUGAAAUCAAGCCCCAUGUGAGCUUAAAGUUUCACAAUAAAUAACUUUAUUCUCAAAUAAGAACAUUGGCAAUCUUUUCCAGAGUGGUCAGUUAUUUGGAAGUGUAUUUUCGGCAAUGUCAUGUAGACAAACCACACAUCAGCCAAGCUUGGUGUUUGCAGGGGAAUUUAUGAAACAACACAAUUCUUUAUGUGUUCUGCAAAAUAUUCUGCAUUUUCAUUAAGCUAAUACAUAUGACAGCUUCAGAGCUGCAGUUGGAGUCUGACUGGAGCAGAUGCUCUGUGUUUCAUAGGUGUUAGCUUGAUGCCAUUCUUAGCAACCUGGAGACAGUGUUUCCUGUUUUUUUUCAAAGCACACUGAGCCCAGCCUACAAAUCCACAUCCCUGUGUUUUAGUUGCUUCAGAUUGUCAUUCUGUGUUAAUAGCAGCCUUGUUUUCCUGCUUGUUUCAGUUUAGUUGCAUGAAUAGUGAAACUGAGUGGUGUUUUAUUUUUGUUUGUUUAUUUUUCUAGAGCAUUCUUUGGGAAAGGUGGUGUAGUUGAGCUGUUUAUAAAGCAGUUGUGCUUCAUUGGAAGUCAUGAAGUAGUUCAGUACUUAGUUAACUGUUUCUCUGAUCGCCAGGCUAUUCCUGCUCUCUGGAACCAAAUGGGGGAUAGUUCUUCCUGGGUAGCUAACUCACUUUAAAAAAGUUGCUGGAAGCUUUAGAAUAGGAAUUUCUACAACAGACAAGGGUUUCACACUUCACCAGCAUAUACCAAGUAUAUCAUAAAAGGUUUCCGGUUAUUGGAAGAAAAUAACACCUUUAAAACGUGUUAUUGCGUAAAGAAUGGACUUCUGAGCACAGUUGUUGAGAUUGAAACGUGCAGUGUGCUUUCUAAUGGCUUGGUCAUGUGUAAUACAAGUUUGAACAACCUUGAUAGUCAUCAUAGUUUUAACACAGAAAGAAAUUAAAUUUAUCUAUUAAUGGCUAAACAACAAGCAUAAGGCUGGCAUUUAGUCUGCAAAAACAGCUUUCUUAAACUUUUUGUCAAUUCAUUUCGUAGCCUCCUAGACUUCUGGUGCAGAUUCUCUGGGUACCAGGAACACUCGGAUUUCUGAACACCUUACAAGUGUCAGUCACGUACAAGUAGAGAACUGUUGCUAUUGCUUUUCCUGCCUGCUUUGGGGGAAAGGAAACUGGGAUGAUAAUACGUUCGUUCCAAAUCACACAAGAAAUACUAGCAUCUUGUAGAUUAGCAUCAUAUGUAGGUUCGCUUUGCACAGUCGAGUACAUUAAUCAAGGUUAACAAAGGCUGUAGUUAAUGGGACAUUUGAAAAAUACUGUAUUUGGGUGGAGGGAAGCUAAGAAUUUUUUUUUAACCUUUGAUACUGAUGAAGAAACUGAUUUUUAUGAUUUAUAACUAGAGCAGGAAUAACAGUCCUUCCAAUAACUAGUCCUUCCAGUUUAGUCUUAAAAUACUAUUACAAAACUAAGUUUUGUGUUAUGACUUACUGGUUUGUAAUUACUGAAAAAUGUGUGAAAUCUAGUAAAUUUCACAGUUGAGGAAAAGUGUGCUGUAUGGGUUUCUGUGUGUGAUCAAGUUGGAGGGGGAGCAUUAGGGGAAAAAAUAAGUGAUGUACUUUGGCUAACUGAAGAGACAGACUCAUGACUUGUAGUCCAAGCUGAGAUACAGUUUGUUGGGUUUUUUUCAGUUUUUUAUGCAUUACAUUCCAUGCUUGUAGGAGUUUUGUCUCAUCCUUUUAAAAAGCCAGACAUCCAGCUGCUUCAAGUGAUGAUGCCUGUCUGAAAUUGUAGCUGUGGCUAGAAGAGGCCACAAAAAUAUUUAUGCUAAAACUGGAUGGGAAUUUUCUUUUGCCCUUUAAGUUGAUUGUGUCAUGGCAAAGAAUUCUGUUACAAGUUUCUCUUUGUAGUAUCUUAAUCCAAAUGUGAGCAGUGGAGAGAGAAAAUAGAUUUGUUUCUCUUGCUAUUUAUUUGGACACCAAACAUAUGUGAAUUGUUUUGAGUACGGGGUUGGCCCAGAUAACCUCCAGAGGUUCCUUUCAAAUGAAUUUAUUCUAUAAUUCUAUUUCUGAAUGGUUAAUGGAGUAUUCAAUUAAUCAGAAAUAAUGCUCUUCAGUAUUAACUUUUUUUUUCCCUGCAGCACUGCUAUAGCAUUAACUUUAAAACCAAAAACCCAUCCACUACAAAACCAAGCCCAACUGGGGAGCAGAGGGAAUUAAACUUUAAAUAAAAAAAGGGGCAUUUUUUAUAAAUCCUUUAGGUUAACUUUUGUGGUCAAAUGGAAAGGCAGCAGACUGAGUACAGUCUAUGCAAUUCUGGAUUGGUCUCAUUAGUCUAAGCAGUAAUUAAUGGUUUUGCAGCCAGUAUGUUGUUUUAUAUUGCAUAGAAUACCUUAACACUUCAACUCUAGCAAAGUAUUUUUCUAGUUAAUUCUGGGUACAUAUUUAGUGAAAGGCAGGCUGAGAAACCUGUGUAUUUCAAACAAGGAAUGUGAGGGCUAGUGGACAUCAUCCCUUGUUCUCUAUUACGAGUGCUCUUCUCCUUAAGCCAGUAAAGUGGGGAAUAGCAACACUUAGCAGGCAUAACUGUCUAAGUACACUUGUUGGGAAUAUUUAUAGUCCAUUUUUGAAAAACUGUGCUCAGAUACCUGAACUCUAGAAAUAUGAAAACAAAAUUCAAAUAAACCAGCUUAUCUCUGUCAAAUAGAAGGGAAAGGAAUGACAGUUCUGGUGCAGCUUUGCCUCUCAGGGAGGCUGCAAACUCGCAGCAGCAGAACUGAGUGACGACCUCCAGUCUAGUUAAGAACAGUUGGGUCAAACAUAGAAGUUAAGGUUCAGCGAUCUCUUAUUUCAUGCCCUAUUGCUUUGUACCGGUAGGAGGUUAGGUAUGCCUCAAAGAGAUUGGAUUUUGGUGGUUUUGUUUUCAUGUUUGUUUAUUGGGGUUUGUUUUGUCUACCUGUUAAAAUAUUUCCAUAAAUUAACUUCAUGGAUUUCAUGUAGGAAAACUUUGGCAGUUUUGCUUAUAGUUUCUGAUAUAAAGAAAUGCUUGUAAACGUAGCUUUUGAGGAUUGUGAACCACAAAGCCUAUUUGUCAAAUAUAGGAGACUUAUUGAGUAAGACUUACUGUAAAGUUCCCUGAAAUUUUGAGACAGCUGAGUCACUUUAUUGGCUGUACAUUAUGACCCUCUACUGAGGCAAAGAAAUAUAGAGAAACAUCCCCUGGGUGUUUUCUCACAAAUCCAAGCAAAAAAGAAAAUUGGAAGGUUGCCUUUAGAUUGUACAACAUGUCAAAAACCUUAUUUGUCAUUGAGACUUAACGGUUUUUGUUAUUCCAUACUAAUUAGUCAGUCUUUAGCCAAUACUUAACGUGGCAGUUAAUGGUGAUGAAUGACUCUUGCCCAGUGUGUUCCAAGACUGUUCCUGUUUUUUAACUCUUGCUGUUAACUUGGGUACUUUACAUUAAGGCUGGAAAACACUAACUCUUGACUACAGGCAUAAUUUAAACGAUAGAAGUUAAUGGUGCUGACAUAAGGGGAAGUUUCUAGAUAGAGUGAGCUUCCUUUGGGAAAAGAGAAAUAAAAACUUCCAUUCCACAUAAUGCUUUUUGUGGCCAUUCAGCUGUGUGGAUCAUAAAACAUACCACUUAUUCUUCAUUUUUUGUAUUUACGUUCCUGGCUUUUACCAGAAUGAUCGGCAAAUGUUGUGGCUGGAUUAUAAAAGUGAAAGUGUUACUAAUAAAACUGAAAAUUGCUGUUCUGCUGCCCUCUGAAAAGUUUAUGUGGAUGUUGAACAACCAGUUCCACGUACCAAUUUGUCAAGGCAUUCUCACUGGAGGGUGGACAGUGAUUAAUAUAUUGUAUUUUAUCUUCUUGUAAUUUCAUGCUGUCACCUCCUGAAAUCUCCUUAAAUUUUAAUAUUAAGUUCUAUACAAGAGCACUUGUCCUGAGAAAACCUCUAAUGCCUAAGAGAGCUAAUUUUUAAGCAACAUCUACACAUCUUGAGUAGUUUUGAUUAGGGUGUAUAACUGAGGAUGUGUCCAAACAGGGUGCCAGUGAGUACUGCUUUUAGCCUAGAAAGUUUGUUACGAAGAUUGAUUUUAUAAUAAAUUAUGUUUUGGUGUAAACCAGUAAUAUGUGAAAUUGAAAUGCUGUCAUUGUAGAUUAUAAACUUAAUCAGUUAUGUGCACUUUUAAAUAAUUGGUUUCUAGCUAAAAGAAGGCACUUAAAGUUGAUUGCAACAUGUUAUUUGAGAAGGUGAAGUUUAACUGGUUUUGGUUUGUUUUUUAUGUUUAACUGCCUACCAAGGUUUUGGUUAGUAAAAUUCUAAUAACUUGCUCUGAAAUGGAGGAUAAAACAGUGAUGUUGUUAUCACUGCUCAGCAGCACUCUCUAGAUCUUAGAUACCUCCAGCUUGGAAUGUUUUGACAUGUAGGGGAAGGUGGCAUAACUACCAACAAUAGAUAAAGGAUGAAAACAGAAGCCAAUGAGCAGCAAAACAGCAGUGGAUACAUGAAGGACAGCAAGACUUAUUCCUGACUGUGGAAACUCUUCUCAAUUAUGUUGUCAAAUUACUUUUCAAUGCAGCUCUUUAACUCUUCUUUCAUCAACUCUUUUCCAAGCCUUUCAUUGUAUAAUGCAUAAGCAGAUAGGGUAGUAUCGCAAGCAACUGCAAGGUGAUACAAGGAGCGUAACUUUCCAAGCUGGGAAGUUGGGAAAUCUUUCCACUAUUGUGGAGAUACUGCUGGUAUUCACUCUUUAAAUACCUAUGAGCUUAUAUCACUUUCUUCUUUGGAAAGUUCGUGUUGAUUGCAAACAUUAUCUAUUUAGGCAAAUAUUAGCCAUUUCUUUCAGAUGUAGUAAACAUGAAUUGUUGGUACUCUGACCUUGUUAAAGAAACAACUUGGGUAACAGCUUGAAGUAUAGGAAAAAGAUGCCCUGACGCAAAUAUUAGUAUUUCAGUAGCCCCACACUUAAAAUCAUGCCUUUUUGUUUGCAAAACAUAAGGCUUGGAAAGCAGAUGCUUCUAACAGAUCUGUACAGAGAUGAUAAACAUUUGAUUAAACAUGAUGAAGAAACAUUUGUCACAGUUUACCGUAGCUGGUUUUAUACUUCAGGCUGAAGCAUGCAGGACCUAAUGACAUACAUAGUCACAGUGAAUCAUGUUUGUUUGUACUUGAACGCAGAUGCAAGUAUGUUAGUGUCUGGAGUCAUGAUUUGGCACUCAACCUGUAAAUGCAGAGAAAAGUCCUAUUCAACCAGAGUCAAUAGCUAGAAUAAGAAUGAACCUAUCUGGACAAAAUGGAGAGCUAGGCAAUCACCAACCACCUGAAGUUCAACAAGGGCAAGUGCCGAAUUUUGCUGCUGGAACAUGGCAACCCUGGCUGUACAUACGGACUGGGAGAUGAGAUGCUGGAAAGCAGCUCCACGGAGAAGGAUCUAGGGGUUCUGGUUGAUGGCAAGUGGAACAUGAGCCAACAGUGUCCCUGGCAGCCAAGAGGCCAACUGUGUCCUGGGUGCAUCCAGCACAGCAUGGCCAGCUGGACAGGGAGGGGAUUAUCCCACCCUGCUCUGUGCUGGUGCAGCCUCACCUGGAGCACUGGGUGCAGGUCUGGGCAACACAGGGUAAAAAAGAUAUUAAGCUGCUAGACAUUGUCCAGAAGAGGCUGCAGAGUUGGUGAAGGGUUUGGCAGGGAAGCCGUAUGAAGAGUGGCUGAAGUCACUUGGCUUUUUCAGCCUGGAGAAGACCAGACUAAGAGACAUCACAGUUAUAGCUUCCUCACAAGGGGAGGAGGAGGGGCAGGUGCUGAACUCUUCUGUUUAGUGACCAAUGACAGAACCCAAGGGAAUGGCAGGAAGGUGUGCCAGAGGAGGUUUAGGUUGGACAUUGGGAAAAGGUUCUUCACCCAGAGGGUGCUGGACACUGGAACAGGCUCCCCAGGCACCAAGCCUGACAGUAUUCAAGAAGAGACUGGACAAUGCCCUCAGACACAUGGUGUGAACUGUGGGGUUGUCAUAUGCAGGAACAAGAGUUGGACCUGAUGAUCCUUGUGGGUCCCUUCCAACCCAGCACAUUCUUUGAUUCUAUGAUUCUAAAGCUACAUUCCCUAAGGUUUCAGACAAACUUUGGUUUCUUUGUAACUUAUCUAAAGCAGCCAAAUGUGCUUAGAAAAAUCAGUAAUUUGGUCAGCAGUGUUGUUUACAUGGAAGACACAGUUUUCCAGUGUGCUUAGGUGUACUACACCUGCAUGAUGUGUGACCUUCAGGGAGGUGAAGCCUGGUGGGAGCGUGUGGUGGCACUGAACACAGCUGCUCAGCGUCCCCCUGUGCUGCUCCUACUUGGUAUGUGGGGUGAGCAGGACAGGCUCAGGCUGCUGCUGUAGUAAAUAAAGGUCUGUUGAUAAUCUUUUAUGGAAAACUAAUGGUGCUUACCUUUCAGCAGGGUUAUCAUCUACUGCUAAAUAAAUAUUUAGUUAAUCACCAUUGGCUCUGUAUCACAAACGAGUCUACUAGGGAGUAGUACUUAAUUAUUUCUAACUGACUCUUGAAAAGCCAUAGUAUUUUCCUGUUGUGAUUAUAGCUCAUGUAGAAGUAGGCAAUCACUUCUACAGGGCCAGGGGUUGCAAAGAACUGGAUUUGCUUGCUUGCUGUCUUGUUCCAUAUGUCUUUGUAUAGGACAAUUUGCUAAGAACUAAGUGAAUUUCAGCUGUUUGUAGAGCAAGUGUAUUUAGCAGCAGAAUUGGAAGUUUUCAUUAAGGUGGCUGUGCCUUUGUGUUAACUGUCACAAACUUCCUUCUUUCAACAAAUGUUUUUUAAAAGGGAGUUAAUAACCUAUCAAAAGUGAAGUUGCAUCCUGUUCUCUGCUAGUAGAAAUAAUGAUUUUUGCUAAUUGCAUUCAGUAAGUCCAUGUAGACUAAACCUAUACUUCUAUAAACGCUGUUUGGCUACAGAAGUUAGUUAAGAUAAAUAGACAGCUAAUUUAUAUCUGGAUUACGAAACAGAAACUUCUGUCUUCCAGUUCACUGUUUCAUGCUUAAAAAUCUGCAAAGUUGCAAAAAUGCUGCUAUCUACUGCCACUCUAAAGGUUUGUGGAGUUUUUUUGUUGUUUUGUCGUUUUUUGUUUGUUUGUUUUACACAAUAGUUGCUGUUAGAAUCUGGAGUAAUUUAGUGUGGAAGAAACCCUUUUAUCUCAAGUUAAAGUUGCUCUGGGACUCCAUCCUAAGAAAUGUUACGUGGGAAGUACACAAUAUGCUAUAAGUCAAUCUGAGUUUGAUGUCUUUUCAGCUGCUUUUUAGUAAAGGAAGGGAUCACAGGGUGGAUCUUUAUGAAUUUACAUCCACCUUUAUUCAAAAACAGAUGUGAGACUAAUCUCAGUUAAAUUUUCUUAUGAACGCACAUUUAUCUCUGUGCCUUCCAUCCAGAGAAGCUGCUCAGAUGAAUGUUGUAGGCUGAACCCUCUUGAUACUACUGCUUGUAGAGAGGCAAGCGUGGUGGGGUGAGGACUGCAGUACCUCUGCUGAUUUAUUACAGUUCUUUCCCUGCCCUUCUAGGUAUGGACAGUAGGAGAGGAAAUCUGUUUUUCAGUACAACAGGAGGUUCAUCUUGCUGUGGCAGAGUUGCUUCUAAAAGCCGAGGGGAUGUGCCUGAGGGAGAUAGCACCAGGAAGGGCUCAGGAUCUGGGUUACAGAUCCUUGUGUUAGGGGAAGAUUCAGACUAGAGCAGAGCACAGGACACCUGGGUUCCCUCUGCUCAGCUCCUUGUCCUUGUCUGUGUGCCAGCGCUUCCUGUUGUUAAAGAUCCUGUUUACUGUCUGGGUUCCAAAUAUCCCAGGAAGGUGGGAGGAUGGGAAGAAACAUGGGAAGAAAAGUAAACAGCAUUAUUUAAGGUGGAGUUUUGUGUUUUUAUAUAUAUAUUCACCAUUUUUUACCUGAUUUCAUAAAAGACACUCUAGAGUAAUUUUUUGUUUGCAUCAUCUUGCACUGAUUUCCUAAAGCAGAAUGUUUCGACAUGUGAAAACUGACCUGGAAGCCCGUAGUUAUUUGUAGCAAGGAGCAGAAUAUGGUUUAUGUACUUUUACUUCAAGUUCUUUCCGAUGUUCACAUAAAAAUGUUUGUUGCUGAUAUGAAAUAGAGCAUUAAGGAAAAACGUGUAAUCAGAGGAAAAUCUUAUUUCUAUUGGUGCAAAAUGGCAUGUUGCUCUGGUUUUGUUGCUGAACUUUAAGGCUUUUGAUUUAAAGAGCCUGAAAGAAUUAGAGUGCUGCUGCCUGAGCUGCAGAGCACACACCUGGCUGCGGAGGAGCAGCUCCAACGAGAACACAGCCGGCUAGCAGUGUAGUUCUCAUCCUGCUGCAUAGGAAGCCAAGCUAAUGGUUGAAAUAAUGAGUAAGCAGAUAUGUUAAGUGUGAAGAGAAGAAGUGUUACUUUUCUAAUUCUUUGUUGUGCUUUGUGACUACUAGUGUUUCUAUAAAUAACCAAAUCCUUUCCUUUGAGGUGUAGCUAGAAAUGGAAUUACUGACUGAUUUAGGACUAGAAAGGAAAAUUUAAUUCCAGGCUAUCCUUUGUUAAACAAAGAAAAAACUCUGCCUUUAACUGGAAGAAAAUGUUCUGGGACAGACAUUCUGCUCUUGCUAUGUCAUGGGAUCCCUAGGGAAAAAGCACAGUCGUAGUGGGAAUUUAGAGGUCACCAGCAACUUGCAAAUGUCCCUUUCUCGUGAUCCUGUUUUCAUGGCUCCCAGAUAGCGAGUAAAGUUAUAAACAAUAUGCUCGCUUGGAUCGGGGAGGGUGAGCAGGGAUUUGAAAAAUAAAAAUUUACUGAGGUCAACCAGUGUUUUCAUAUUGAAAUAAACUGAAAUUUUUUGCUCAUUUUCAGUGAGGUUUUAUAUUCACAAUAAUGAUCUUGUAUUUCUGCUGUACUACAAUCCUGCAGAUGCUACCAAUAAUGUUAGGGGGUUUUAGCUCUGUCUAGAGCAAGGCCAAGGUACUCAGCAUUGGGUUUUGGUGGGGGAAGGUAGUAGGUAACUGCAAAUAAAAUUGGUAGUGUUUGGAAAUACUUGCCUGUUUCAGAAGUAAACAAAAUGCUAGGAAGAUGUGUUUUUGACAGUGUUAAAUCAUUGUUUGUUUCCCUUGAGCUGCUGUUUGUGAUCAGAUAAGCAAUUCUGCGUAUCUGGGCCUUUUCUGUGAAAUGAUGAUGAAAGUAAUACGUAAGAAAUGUGAAGACAGAACUGCAAUAUAAGUCUCCAGCUUUCUAUUCUAAACAAAGCAAUAUUGCUGCUGUUUAAAUCUGUGCGCAAUAAUGUUUGCAUAGAGGACAAUUUCAGACAUCUUUGUACUAGUCUUCCUGGAGUUUGGAAGAAUGCCAGUGUGGCAAGCAGGGAGAACAAAAGGACAAUACUGAAAAUAUCUAGUCUGGGGCAGUCUUACUGUCACCAGACAGCAGGCUGGGACAGCAGCGAGAUUAGACAGGCAGCUCUGCCCGGUUUUCUUCAUGGUUUACUUGUAUGAAUCACUACUUGAAAAAAUUCCAGUACAAAGUUAUCUAAAGACUUAAAAAUGCCUCCACGACCAUCAUCUGGUGAACUAUGGGGCAUCCACUUGAUGCCACCACGGAUCCUUGUGGAGUGUCUUCUCCCAAAUGGAAUGAUAGUGACUCUAGAAUGCCUCCGUGAGGCCACCUUACUAACAAUUAAACAUGAACUUUUUAAAGAAGCAAGAAAAUACCCUCUCUAUCAGCUCCUUCAAGAUGAAUCUUCUUACAUUUUUGUAAGUGUCACACAAGAAGCAGAAAGAGAAGAAUUUUUUGACGAAACACGGAGACUUUGUGACCUGCGACUGUUUCAGCCUUUUCUAAAAGUCAUCGAACCAGUAGGUAACAGAGAAGAAAAGAUUCUUAAUAGAGAAAUAGGUUUUGCUAUAGGCAUGCCUGUCUGUGAAUUUGACAUGGUAAAGGAUCCAGAAGUACAAGACUUCAGAAGAAAUAUUCUUAAUGUUUGUAAAGAAGCUGUGGAACUUCGAGAUGCCAAUGCACCACACAGUAGAGCAUUAUAUGUCUGUCCUCCAAAUGUAGAGUCUUCAUCUGAGCUACCCAAACACAUAUACAAUAAACUAGAUAAAGGGCAAAUUAUAGUGGUGAUAUGGGUAAUAGUCUCACCAAACAAUGAUAAGCAGAAAUACACCUUAAAAAUCAAUCAUGACUGUGUGCCUGAGCAAGUGAUUGCUGAAGCAAUUAGGAAGAAAACACGAAGCAUGUUACUGUCGUCCGAACAACUGAAACUUUGCGUCUUGGAGUACCAGGGCAAAUAUAUUUUAAAAGUGUGUGGCUGCGAUGAAUACUUGCUAGAAAAGUAUCCACUGAGCCAGUAUAAGUAUAUAAGAAGCUGUAUAAUGCUUGGUCGCAUGCCCAAUCUGAUGCUGAUGGCUAAGGAAAGCCUGUAUAACCAGCUGCCACUGGACACCUUUACAAUGCCAUCUUACUCCAGGCGUAUCUCUACAGCUACACCCUACAUGAACGGAGAAGCUACAGCCAAAUCCCUCUGGACUAUAAAUAGUGCUCUCAGAAUAAGAAUCCUCUGUGCAACCUAUGUAAAUGUAAACAUUAGAGACAUUGACAAGAUCUACGUUAGAACAGGUAUCUACCAUGGAGGAGAACCUUUGUGUGACAAUGUGAAUACUCAAAGGGUACCCUGUUCUAAUCCCAGAUGGAAUGAGUGGCUACUGUAUGACAUGUACAUUCCCGAUCUUCCACGUGCUGCUCGGCUCUGCCUUUCUAUCUGUUCUGUUAAAGGCCGGAAGGGUGCCAAAGAGGAGCACUGUCCAUUGGCUUGGGGAAAUAUAAACAUGUUUGAUUACACAGACACCCUUGUUUCUGGGAAAAUGGCUUUGAACCUUUGGGCGGUACCUCAUGGGCUGGAGGAUUUGUUGAAUCCUAUUGGUGUUACUGGAUCAAACCCAAAUAAGGAAACUCCAUGUUUAGAGCUGGAAUUCGAUUGGUUUAGCAAUCCUGUAAAGUUCCCAGAUAUGACGGUGAUCGAAGAACAUGCCAAUUGGACUAUAUCACGUGAACUGGGCUUUAACUACAGCUGUGCGGGGCUGAGCAACAGAAUAGCUCGAGAUAACGAAUUAAGGGAAAGUGACAAGGAGCAACUGCGAGCCAUCUGUACACGGGAUCCUUUGUCUGAAAUCACUGAGCAAGAGAAGGACUUCCUCUGGAGCCACAGACACUAUUGUGUGAAUACUCCAGAAAUUCUGCCCAAAUUACUUUUGUCUGUUAAAUGGAAUUCUAGAGAUGAAGUGGCCCAGAUGUACUGUUUGGUAAAAGAUUGGCCUCCAAUCAAGCCAGAGCAAGCAAUGGAGCUUUUGGACUGUAAUUAUCCAGAUCCAAUGGUGCGAGCUUUUGCAGUUCGGUGUCUAGAGAAGUACUUGACAGACGACAAACUGUCUCAGUAUUUAAUCCAGCUAGUACAGGUUCUGAAAUAUGAACAGUAUUUAGAUAAUCAGCUUGUGAGAUUUUUACUCAAGAAGGCACUGACCAAUCAAAGGAUAGGACACUUCUUCUUUUGGCAUUUAAAGUCUGAAAUGCACAAUAAAACUGUAAGUCAGAGGUUUGGUUUACUUCUGGAGUCCUAUUGUCGAGCGUGUGGAAUGUACCUAAAGCAUCUGAGCAGGCAGGUGGAGGCUAUGGAGAAAUUGAUUAACCUCACAGAUAUUCUCAAACAGGAAAAAAAAGAUGAGACCCAGAAGGUACAGAUGAAGUUUCUUGUUGAACAAAUGAGACGGCCAGAUUUUAUGGAUGCUUUACAAGGUUUUAUCUCUCCUCUUAAUCCUGCGCAUCAACUGGGAAAUCUUCGGCUUGAGGAGUGCAGGAUAAUGUCAUCUGCAAAAAGGCCCUUGUGGUUGAACUGGGAAAACCCAGAUAUUAUGUCUGAAUUGUUAUUUCAGAACAAUGAGAUCAUAUUUAAAAAUGGAGAUGACUUGCGUCAGGACAUGUUGACACUUCAGAUAAUCAGAAUUAUGGAAAACAUCUGGCAAAAUCAGGGUCUUGAUCUUCGGAUGUUGCCUUAUGGAUGUUUGUCUAUCGGUGACUGUGUGGGACUCAUCGAAGUGGUGAGGAGCUCUCAUACCAUCAUGCAGAUUCAGUGUAAAGGAGGCUUAAAAGGAGCAUUGCAGUUCAACAGCCAUACAUUGCAUCAGUGGCUCAGGGACAAGAACAAAGGAGAAAUGUAUGAUGCAGCUAUUGACUUGUUUACACGUUCUUGUGCUGGCUACUGUGUUGCUACCUUUAUACUGGGCAUUGGUGACCGUCACAAUAGUAACAUCAUGGUAAAAGAUGAUGGACAACUGUUUCACAUUGACUUUGGGCACUUCCUUGAUCACAAGAAGAAAAAAUUUGGUUAUAAAAGAGAACGUGUGCCAUUUGUCUUAACACAAGACUUUUUAAUAGUGAUUAGUAAAGGAGCCCAAGAAUGUACCAAAACAAGGGAGUUUGAAAGGUUUCAGGAGAUGUGUUAUAAGGCGUAUCUAGCAAUUCGGCAGCAUGCCAAUCUCUUCAUAAAUCUUUUCUCCAUGAUGCUUGGCUCAGGAAUGCCAGAACUGCAGUCAUUUGACGAUAUUGCAUACAUUCGAAAGACCCUUGCGUUGGACAAAACAGAGCAGGAAGCUCUUGAGUACUUCAUGAAACAGAUGAAUGAUGCUCACCAUGGUGGCUGGACAACAAAAAUGGACUGGAUCUUCCACACAAUAAAGCAACAUGCUUUGAACUGAAAUGAAAGGAAAGAAAACAAGAACUGAUGGCCCGCUUUGUGGGUACUGCACUGUUAAUACCUGUUAGAAGCAGAGACUGGUUGCAUAGGAAUUGCACAAACCACGAACAACAUUAGAAUUUAUGGCAAGAAAAGAGAUGAACUGCUCAGACAACUGUUGAAAAAUAAUGUAAAACAGGGUUUCAGAUAGCACUAAAAUUGUACACUUCAAAAAAUAAGCUUUAGUAUGAUGUGUGACUUCAUGUUAUGCCUUAAGCCCAAAAAGGUAAACUUGGAAGAAUGUUUCCUUUUUUCAUUUGAUAGGAUAAAUUAGAAGGAAAAAAGAAAAUAGUGCUAGCGUGAACAUAGAGUCCAUCACAUAUUACCUUAGAUCUGGUACAGCAGCUGGAGACUAUGCUGGAUUGAGAAGAGUGGAGAGAAUUCAAAUGACAGGGAAUAUUUAAAUGCAGCAUAGUUUGAAGGGAAGGAGUUUUAAGCUCAAAGAUCUAAAAACAAUAGUGAGAGGACAGUGCCUUUUAAAUGUGCUCAGAGGCAUUAACAUUCAUGGGGUUUAGAUGACCCUUUGAUUUCUGGGUCAGUCAUCUGCACAGUUUCUGAAAGCAGUAGGAAAUAGGCCUGUUCCAUAUGGUGUUUCUUCUGCUCAGUAUUUCUAGGGGUGCAAUUCACAGCUUCACGAGGGAACUCCCUAUCAUCCCCAAAAACUGGCUAACCUGGAAACUGAAUGGUCAGAAUUGGGUUUAGUGCAACAGCGUUGUAGUGUUCAUCUUAGGUUUGCUUUAAUCUAACUUGAACUGAAUAGAUUUUUUUCAUACAUGUUUUCCAGAACCUAAAGAAAGGUGAGUUAUUAAAAUUAUUGAAAGAUUAUUUUUUUAUAAAGGCUAUUUAUAUAAUAGGAACUAUUAUUAAUAUAUAUUCUUUAUUUACAUGAUUUGUCCAAUAUUCAAUCUUUUAAUUUUGCAGCCCAGUUCUAUCUGUUCAAGAUUCCCGUUUCCAUUAAUGUCACUGAAGGUGACCAGAGAUAUACUCCUAGGACCAAAUUCAACCCUGGUGAAAGAGGAUACAAGUACCGUUGAAGCAGUGGGAGAUAAACCCACUAAUGCCAGUGGUGAACUUGGCCUAAGUCUCUUCAAAAAAAUUUUGGGCAUCACUCUCUACGUUACUGAAGUGAUAUGCUGACUAUUCAAGGAACGUACAUUUAAACCCUCAGUCUUUGGGUCCGCCAUUUCUCCUCUUUCUCUUCCUCAUUUGGAAGUGGUUGUUUAAUCCAGUAACAAAUACAUCAGAAAUAGCAAUUUAGAUUUUCAAUAUGAUGAAUAAUAAGCAGUUCAACAUACAGCAGAUACGUUGGCUAGCUCAAAGCAUGUAGAGUUACCAAACAUUUUAUAGCUGUGUCUCUUUUGUGUGUGUGUGUAAUAUAUAUUUGUAAAUCUAGUUGUUGUCCUCUAACACAAUUAUGAUGUGUGCAAUCAAUUAAAUUGGCACCACUUUUUCAAACUGUUCAGAGUACCGAGGAUUUCAGUUUGCCCUUAUGCACAACUUCAGGUAGGACUGAUUUUCUAAUUAUGAAACAGGUUUUUUAAUUAGUGAAACCCAUGAUUUUGGGGGUGAUGCUCAUCCUGACAUUUUAAACUUGCUAGAUUGGCAGCACUUGGAGUGAAUUCCAGAGGUCUGGGGCUUUCAGGGGUUCAGCUCAUUCACUUGCAAACACGCACCGAGGUGCCACUCAAAGUGCAAUACCCCAUGUAAUAUAAAAUACGCUGACAGCUGGUGUUAGAUUAGAAUAUAAGUAUAUAAAUAAACUGUACAUUGUGCAGGCUGAUGAGGUAAUGAGUGGUUGGCUUCAUUUAGCGAAUUGUAAUAUAUGAAAGAUGUGCAAUCGGUUACAUUAUGAAAGACUUUGGGGAUUGUCUAGCCAGGGCUUUGGUCUUUGAAGACACUUUCAUAGUCAAGAUCCCGCAGUUGAAUACUGCACACAUGGAUACUUGAUGUUGUGGGAGAAGCCUGAUUUUGUGAAAACUGCAGAAGUUCAAAGAAUAGUAUGGGGAAUGUGAAGUUUUAUUUCAUUAGUUCUAUGAAAUAUUUUGGACUAGUCCAAUAGACUUCCCAUUGCUCAUUUUAUUGACUGUUACAUAUUCCUUUUUGUUCAUAUGAAUAUUUUAACUCUUGCUAACCUUGGUCAUACUUUCUAGAGCAAAAUUACCCUUGUAAAUAUUACUUGGCGGUCAACACACUAAUGGUUUAGCUCUUCUAAAUCAUGGCUUAGCUUCAAUUUAAAUUUAGUUCACAAAAUCUGAAACCCUGUUGGCUGUAACUCUUAAUUUAACUGAGUAAAACUUGCACAAAUGCCAUAUUAGGUGCUACAUUAUCCUUAUUUAUCUGGUAUUGAAACAAUGCUUUACCUCACUUCUCUAAGAGAUGGUCAGCCUUUUGCAGCCUGGAUGAAAAAGUGUAUUCAAAUGUAUUGGAUGAGCCCAGCUUAUUUUGUACUUUGCCAUUUUCUAGCUAUUUACUUCUGUAAAUAUGAGUAUAAAUGUCUUUCAGUUCAAGCAUACAGUGUUCUGCACCCUUUUUGCACAAACAGAAAGGUAGGAGGAAUCAGGCUUUGUGUCCAGAAGUUAAUGCAACUAAAUGCUGUACACGAGCUGUAGAAAUUAUUGUGAACAUCAGAUAGUAAAAGAAAGGAAACUUCAUAGUGAUACAGACAUAACAAUUUGAGAUAAUUAUAGCCUUUAAAUAAAAAAAAAAUAGGAGGAGCUCAUGGGCUUCAAGCAGUUGUUCUUACCAUAACCAGGAUGGGCAUUUGAAAAACGUUCUGCCAGUCUUUCAGGAAAGAAAAAAACUUUAAGCUUCAAAGUAUUGAACCCUAAUUACCUUUUCCUGUUGUGCCAGUUUUGUGCUGAUGUAACUUGACUGAAGAUAGUGGAGGUACUAUUUACUUAGAUUGCUGUAAAAAUGAGAGGGUGUCAUCUGUUCUCAGUAUCAGAAAUCAGAGCUGCUCACAGACUGUGAAAGCACCUGUAACUGACCUCGAGAUUUUAACAGAGAUUGCGUAGGAUUUGGAUUUUUUUAACUAAUCCCACUACAUGGAGUUUUGAAAACGUGCCCUUUUAUUCUCACAGCUGCACGAAACACUAAGUAGCUUAUUCUGAGCUUGAGUUGAAUCUGACACCUCACUCCUGCAACACUUGGUAGUGGGGCUACCAGAGCAAGGAGCCCAGCGUUGGGCUGUGUCUUUUAUUACAAAGCGCUGGGAAAUUUAGUGAUUUAGUGAAAUACAAAUUUAAGGACAGUAACUUUUUCAACUGUGAAACUACGUUUGAUUUAAUGACAGAACAGGCUGGUGCCUAUGCGUUUUUCUUAAAAAUAUGUUGCUUUCCUAAAGGUAGCAGAAGAAGCACCUGUACUGACUUAGGUAUGCACGCUUUUCUGUUCUGAAGGGGUGCAAUAAGGUUUUUUCCAUAGGUGACACAGACUUUCAGUACAACUUACAAAAAAUCAUUUCAAUUAAAACAAAAUGGUGAGUGGUUUGGCAUCUUGUGGAGAAGAUAUAAGCCUGCAUCUUAACAGCAAUAUAGAAAUUACCAAGCUUGUAGAGAACUUUGUAUGUGAUGACCCUACUGUUAGUGGUUUGGAGGAUUGUUUUGGAGUUUUUUCCAACUUUCCCUUUAUUGUAAAAUAUUAAAUACCUGUAAGGUGGUCAGUAGCCCAUGUUUGUUGACAAUUUGAAGGUAUUUUCUUUGCUUUGUCAUUUUAUAACUGGCAUGUUCCAACGUCUGUUCUUAAUAAUAAUUGUGAAUGCCUCCUGUUUUGCAUGUCUGUACAGGUUGCAGACCUGGGCUGGACCCAUUCAAAAAGCAAAUAUCAAAAAAGCCACUUGAAAUUACUGUUUUGUUGAUGUCUUUGACAUCUUGAAAAUGCUUCAAGUUAAUGCAAAUGGAGUGGUAUUGCAGAAAGAAUUGUAACUCGCUGCUUCUAAGAUUUAUUUUUUAACUUGUUUUAGUUUUACUUGAAUGGAAGAACCACAUUUUUUUUUUUUAAAUACUAUAUAGCUGUGGAUGUUGUUGCAGAUUUAUGAAUCCAGAUUUAAUUUUGCAAUACAUGUUUCAUACAAAUAAUGAAUUUGUAUUUUUUUUGUGCUGAAAGUUGUCUCUAUUUAGGUAAGGCUCUGUCUGUCCACAAUGAUGUGUAGCUCAUCACCCCUGCGGCUGGUGUGGGGGUUUUGGUUUGGGUUUUUUGGUGUUUUGCUUUAUUUUUUACAUCUGUGUUAAUGAAGGGAAGCCAACUGGAAACUCGAUAUAGAAGUUCUCGAUCUGCAUACACUAACCCAUCUAUAGGUGCUCUGGUCUUUGAGAAAUUCUCAUUUCAUUUAUGCUGAUAUAACACUGACUUCAGGUUGCUCUUGAUUCACAACAGCAUAUGAAAUCAGAAUUAGACUAUAUGUAUAUUAGACUCCCAGGUUACUUAUGAAUAAGAUUCAGUAUGAAAGGCACUCUCUAAAUGAGAGGAAUGUUUACUAGCAGCCCAGACAAACACUUGACAAUUUUACUUUAGCCUUCUCAGCUCUCUAAUUCAUGCCUGCUGUAAUCUUGUCUAUAAUUACUUUCAUUCCUGAGACUUCCAGGAUUUUUAUUGCUUGCUACCUUAAAUGUUUCCUCUUCCUGCUCUUUCAUCGUAUAAAGACUUGUUGAACCCAUGCUCAGGAAGAACAGUUGUUCUUAAUUUGCAGUGCAAUAUUCUUGACUCCUGAGCUUUAUGGGAUAGACUUACAGAAGGAUGAGCUCUUGCUGUAUUAGCAGCCCUGAGUCUAAGCCAGAGAUGGAUCCCUCUGUCCCUAUUUCUUCGCUCUCCACCACCUCUCUCCCCAAAAAACAAACAUGCCCAUAGUGUGAAACAAUAUCAAAUAUUUGUAAGAGAAGGUCAAUUGAAGCAAUGCUCUGCCUGUACUUUGAAGCCAACAUCCCCAUUGGUUUGCAUAAAUGUGUCUUAAGUUUAAGUGUCCUUACUGUCACUUCUGUAUGUACUGCAAUAUUCUUUUAGCAUAAAGGUGGCAAAAAAUACACCAAUUCUAUCUUGACUGUUUCUGAAAUUCUAGUGCCAGUUCCCCAGUAGCUAUUAAACUGGUUUAGGAACCAUUUAGUUCAGUGCAACUGUGUUCAGUUUUGUUAGGAAUUUGUUCUAGUAUUAAAUUCAUCACAGUUAAACCUGACCUAAUCAUAUUGCUGAAGUUAUAGAAAGCCUAAUUCAAGGAGAAGCUAUUUCUUCUAAGAAUCUUCUGUCUGCUGUAGUUUAGUUAAUCCAUAAGAGCCAAAACAUGGAUAUUCAUCACUGCAGUCUCAUUCUGGUUUGUUUAUUUGGUUUAAGUAUGUAUAAUCUCUUCCCAGGCCUUAUUAAUAGCGUUCUAUAUCCUGAAUUAUCAACUGCCCCAGGUUGUCUAGAGUUGUCUUACUGUUUCAUUAGGGGCAGGGGAAAGAAGAGGAAGGGAGGAGGAGAUGAAUCCUCUUCUUUCUUGUCUUACAGCCACUGUGGUUCAAAUCCUUCAUCUUCUCUUGUGAAGAUAAAUGUUGAAUUCAUCACCUGGAAGUAUCAUCUCUUCCCCUUGCCCUCUUGCACCUCUGCAAGCUUUAACUCUGAAUAUCCGCAUACACUAUUGAAAUCCAUUUCUCUGAUGGAGAAAAGGAUUUAAAAUAUUGCAGUCUGCUGUCCUGGAUUCUCAGGCUUAACAUUUUGAAAGUAUUGUGGUCAUUGCAACUGACACCACAAUCACAAGAACUUCCACAGAAUCGCAUAAAUUCACUGAGGUUGGUGGAGACUUGUGGAAAUUGUCCAGUCCAGCAGCCCUGUUGGAGGCAGGAUCAGCCAGAGCAGGUUGCCCAGGCCGUCAUCCAGUUGGGUCUAGAGCCUGUCUGAGAAACAAGAGUCCACAGUAAAAGCUUUUCUUAAUGUUUAUAUGAAAUUUCUUCUGUUUCGUUGCCUAAUGUCCGUUCAGUGGGCAGCACUGAGAAAUGCCUCGCCUGUUGUCUUUCCUCCUCUCCAUCAACUAUAUACAUUGACCUGAUGCUCCUCAAGCUUUCUCUUCACUGGGCUGAACAAUCUCAGCUCUCUCAGCCUCCCUUCAUCAUCUUCAUAACCCUUUGCUGGACCCAUGCCAGUAUGUCCAUGGCCAGUUUAUACUGGGAGCGCUGGACCCGGCACUCCAGGUGUGCUUCCCCCGUGCUGAGCAGAGCGCAGGUUGGACGUUCACCUCCCUCCACCCGUGGGCAAUGCUUGUCCUAAGGCAGGGGAGGAUCCUGGUGGCAUUUUGGAUAAACAGAGCCCGGGAGGGUGUCAUCUCCUGAUGCUUAGAUGUAACUUUGAAGCUAGAAGCAUUACAUGUCUGCGUCAAAAGGAGAGCACAAACACCCACCAGUGCUUGAAAUAUCUCUUAAAAAUGAGGCAAUUACCUUUGAAAUAACCACUACUAGGGGGUGGGAGGGAUGUUGCCAUGUGUAUGUAAUUCUGUAAUAAAGGUCCUGUGGUAAAGUAGUUAGAAAGCAAGACAUUUUUAGUAAUAAUGGGCCAAAAAAGUAUUUAAGAUGCAGAAAGAUGCAUGUGUUGUCAUACUGAGAAUAGUCUUGCAGUACUUUUUUUUUUUAAAAAAAAAAAGCUCUUUUUCCCCUUCUGCUGUGCUAUUCAAGUAACAAAAGUUUGGCCUAUGAUACUUCUUGUAGUUCAUGUUCAUGGGAAGCUGUAAAAAGUCUGCUUUUUAUUUAUCUUUGCAGUCUGUAUCACAUGCUGUUUAUUAAAAAAAGCCCUACUUUUGUUUGGUUUUUAUCACACUUUUGAGUGUUCAUGUAUAUACUAACAACUAAAUUAAAACAAUAUGGUUGGUACA